CGGUUUCUCUCUGGUUUUGUAGCGCGGUCUAUGCCGCCGGCGCCCUCUAGCGGCUCCUCCGCGCACAGCGUGCCGCAUCCUUUGUCCCUCGGAAGCACUUCUUUCAUUUCCUUUCAUGGCGUCGGCGCACGCGCGCUCGCCCCCCACCGCGGCGUUCCGCGUAGACCCAGAAAUAAAAGGAACGGAGGAGGGAGAGUGCAGGAUGUCAAAGGGCCCUGUCCCAAGCUCCCCGUCCGCUUCCUCUGCCUCUCCGGCAGCAGCGGCCGGCGGAGCGCUCCAGGCGCAGCCCGAGAAGCCUCAGCACUACACUGUUUCCCCAGGUACCUGAAAGAGUUCCGGACUGAGCAGUGUCCACUCUUUGUGCAGCACAAGUGUACUCAGCAUAGGCCCUACACCUGUUUUCAUUGGCACUUUGUCAACCAGCGAAGGCGGAGAUCAGUAAGACGUAGAGAUGGAACAUUUAACUACAGUCCAGAUAUCUACUGCACAAAGUAUGAUGAAACAUCAGGCCUCUGCCCUGAGGGAGAUGAUUGCCCCUUCCUACAUAGAACAACAGGUGACACAGAAAGAAGAUACCACCUGCGUUAUUACAAAACAGGCAUCUGCAUUCAUGAGACAGAUUCUAAGGGUCAUUGUACCAAGAAUGGGCAGCAUUGUGCCUUUGCCCACGGACCCCAUGACCUACGCUCCCCAGUGUAUGAUAUAAGGGAGCUUCAGGCUAUGGAGGCCCUGCAGAAUGGACAGCCAACCCUGGAUGGUAGCCUGGAUGGACAGACUGCAGUGGCUGCGAGCCACGCCAUGAUAGAAAAAAUUUUGGGAGAGGAACCACGCUGGCAAGACACCACGUAUGUCCUUGGACACUACAAGACAGAGCAGUGCAAAAAGCCACCCAGACUCUGCCGUCAGGGUUAUGCAUGUCCUUAUUACCACAAUAGCAAGGACCGGAGGAGGAGCCCACGCCAAAACAAAUACAGGUCUUCCCCAUGUCCAAGUGUGAAACAUGGAGAUGAGUGGGGCGACCCCAGUAAGUGUGAGAGCGGGGACUCCUGUCAGUACUGCCACACAAGGACAGAGCAGCAGUUCCAUCCAGAGAUCUACAAGUCCACAAAAUGCAAUGACAUGCAGCAGUCUGGAAGCUGUCCACGUGGACCCUUUUGCGCCUUUGCACAUGUUGAGCAGUCUCUUCUAUGUGACGAACUGCAGUCUCCAUCAGCUGUGUCAAGCCCUACACAAGCUGGACCUGUCAUGUAUAUGCCAUCUGCAGCAGGAGACUCUGUGCCUGUGAGCCCUUCCAGUCCACAUGCCCCAGACUUCAGCAGUGUAUGGGGCAAAAUGAGCCAUCUCCCCACCAGCCCAACAUCAGCAACAAUGUUAUGUGCCAGCAUAGGAAGCCCAACCAAUCCUUGUGGAUCUCCUCCUGGAUCUCUUGGAAAACCUCAUAGUCUAGAUAACCUUGGUUUCCACACUGACCUUUCAGGCAGCUAUAAAAAAGCCCCAGGGUGUGAGAGAGAAGACUCAGUAGUAACAGAUUAUCUCAAGAACUUUAAAAGCCAGGCAAAGUUAAAAUCACACUCGAUGGACCAUAGAAGCCAAGAACAACCACAUCUGCAGUCAAAGCAGGAUGCACUAGGAAUCCUGCCCAUGGGGAGCCCAUUAACCUCAAGCAUUUCCUCUAGUAUCACUUCUAGUCUGGCGGCCACGCCUCCCAGCCCUGCAGCUAUAAGCGGCAUCCCUGGUAUGAACGCCAAUGCUCUUCCCUUCUAUCCAACCAGUGACACAGUAGAAUCCGUCAUAGAAUCUGCUCUAGAUGACCUAGACUUGAAUGAGUUUGGGGUAGCCGCUUUGGAAAAAUCAUUUGAUAAUAGCACAGUUGCAGCGCCUGGAGGCAUCAUGAUAGGUGGCAGUCUAAUGCAGAGCUCGGCUCCUGUAAAUAUCCCUGGAUCUGUAGGUAGCUCAGCAUCCUUCCACUCCACCUCCCCGUCACCACCUGUCAAUAUCUCCUCACACUUUCUCAACCAGACUCCUGGACCACACAGUCAAUCAGAAAACACCUUUCUCAGUACUUCAGCUUCUCAUGGUUCACUGGGCCUGAAUGGGAUGAAUAACAGCAUAUGGGAGCAUUUUGUAUCCGGCAGCUAUUCCCCUGGGUCGUCCCCUGCAUUUCCAUCAGGCCCAGGUGGAGCUGAACUGGUGAGACUUCGUCAGGAGCUGGAGGAAGCCAGUAGCACCAUCAAGCAAUGGGAGGACUCCUGGAAACAAGCUAAGCAGCUACUGUUCUCUCAUCAGGCCUGCGAUGCCUGGAAAAAAGAAGCUGAGGAGGCCAAUGAGCGAGCUACAGCAGCCAGCAUGGAAUGUGAACUGGCCCGGGAACAGAGAGAUGCUCUAGAGCAGCAGCUGAAGAAACUUCAGGAAGAGCUGGAGAGAAUUCCUGGAGCACAGGAUUCUAAACUACAUAGCUCUGUGUCUGAAUUAGAGAGUCUUCCUCUCACCACCCUUUAUAGCAUUCAGAAGCAGCUACACACGAGUCUGGAGAGAGUUGAUAAGGCAGUUUAUCAGCUCCAGUCUAUGAAAUGUCACAAAUGUCAGGACCAGAACAGAGCAAUGUUACAGUGCCAACAUGGCGUGCUAUGCGAAGUAUGUGCGGCCGAAGACGGAGAUUGCCGUAAUUGUCAACUUAAUAUAGCACCAGUUCUGCAGCCAUGACCCAUGCAAGCCUGGACUCAGGCUUCUGAAAACUCUGUUUUUUAUACACACUUAUAUAAAUAUAUAAAGAUAUAUUCAUACAAUGGAAUCCUAGCAAAGCUGAGCACUUUUAAACAAAAGUUUUUCAUUCAUUUAAAAUUUGCCACGAAGCCUCUGAGUUUUUUUCCUCUGAGAGACUCUAUUAAAAAAUUUCAAGACCCUCCUUAUUGGGGGUGACUGCCCAGAUGGCGUAUCUUGUCCUGUUCGGAUGCAAGAGAUUUAUGCUACAAUUAUGUAUUUUAAUGGGACCAAUUAAUGUAAAUUUCCAUACCUGCAAACCAUGCCUUGAGGAGCUCUCCAACAUUUUCAGAGGCCCUGUUAGUCAGUGGAGCUAGUCGGCUGUCGUGCAGUCAUCUCUUUGAAGCUGUGGAAAGUAACGCAGCACUUCCACAAAAUAUGAUAAACAAGGAUAAUGUCUGAGGAACACUUACAUUUGUACAGUUUGUUGGAUGUGAAAUAACUCUUAUGUGGGAGACAAGACCGGUCAUGAAUUCAGCCAUCUUGUAUGUGCUAGGAUUCUGCAAAUGCUCUUCCCUCACUAGAAUGUUAUGAAGAAUUCUCUUCAAUGGUAGACACCAUUGGGACGUAACAGUAUUCUAGUGUAAGGUUUGUGGUAAAUGUCAUUAUUUUUUUGUCUCGCGCAGAUAAAAUUAUUCUGUGAAAUCAAGUAUAUUCCUUGUCCAUGCAAGUAAUCAUUUCAGUAUUGUGUGCCCAAAGAGUUUGUUUUAUUUUAUUCUUUCUGCAACUCCGUUUGCUAAAAUUAGAAACCUGAAGGUAACGGUCUUUUAACAGGACAACAGUGUUUUACUUAUGGAAUCUAGAAAGUCUAACCUGUUUGUGAUCACAUGUUUUAGGAAACAAUCCCGGACAUGCCCAGCCCCAAAAUAUCCGGUGUUAGAAAAGCAAAUGAAAGUAUUACAGCCUUCAUUGUGAGGUUUCUGUAUUAGCCUGGGAUUCUGGGAUGCAGUAUAUAUUAAUGUCCAUAGAUAUUUAUACAAAGUGCUUUUUACAUGUAACAAUACUUAAAAACGUAUCUAGAGCAUUGUAAUCCCUGCAGUUGUAGGAAUUGUCUGUUUACAGGACAUGUAAUAUAUACAUUGGGGGAAAUAGUUUCAUCCACCACACCAUCAAGUAUGCGAUAUUUAAACAUGUUCUACUUUUAGUUGCUGAAGAGACUUAUCCAUAGGCUGAAAUUAGAAAUCCAUGUAGGACAGUAUUGGUGUAUGGCGAGUAGCACUGAGUGCAUGAAAGAGAUGAGUUUGUGUGUUUGUACAUAUGUGAAAAAAUGGAAAUCAUUCACCCCCUGCCUUUUUAGUUCAGGAGAUCUUCUCUUAUAUACUGUACUUCAUAUUUUUAGGACCAAGAAGGUUUUCCCUUUGCAAUUAUACAAUCUUUUUCCACUACAGCUAGUUUGAUGACACAAAGUUGGGACACACUGUAGUAAGCAGUCGAGUUUAUUGAGAACUCUAUCAUUGGUCCUCAAACAGCGUCUCUUACUACUCUAAGGUUGAAUUGUCUGAAGUUACAAGUGGAUUUUGCCAACUAAGAUACUAGUUAAAAUUUGGAAUCUGUGUUUGUAUUAUUUGUUCUUCAAUACUGCAGUACAUUCCCAUUAAUCCCAAUGACUCUCUCUAACAAUGUUCCCAGUUGUAUUGGCCAACACUGGUGAAUUUAAGGCCUACCUUGUCUCCCAGAAUUUCUCCUCUUUUCUCUGUUUGUUUUUUUUAGUUUGCACUGAGCUUGCUCGCCUGGGCAUGAUCAGAAAAUGUUUGUAUCAAAAUCUAAACAUGUGAAUUUUUCUUUUCUUUUUUUAUAUAUGAAAUAAAUCUAUAUGUGAAAAAUAAACUUUUUUUGAAUUGUCAAAAAAUAAAACCUGUUCUGAAUAA